CACCUUGGGAAGGCGAAUCCAGGGUCUCUCUGCUUUGGGCUGGAGAGAGCUGAGAGCGGCUGCUCGCUUCGGAUCUCUCCCAUCCCAGCCAAGCCAAGCAUUGGUUGAACUUCGAAUUGGACGCCGGUUCCUUCCUUCCAGACAAAGAAAGGGGAGCAAGAAAGAGCAGGCAUGGCACUGUCUUCCUGGUUUGGGUGGAAUGAACCCACCAGUCGCAUUUCCCAGCGAAGCCCUACAGAGAUGGUGGUGGAGACCCUGAUGAUGGAGUUUGGCUGGCAAAUCAAGGAAGCGGAGAAGCAGCAGAGGGAGCGAGAAAAUGAGUAUCGUAAGAUAAAAACUGGUGUUGACUAUGGCUGGCUGGUUAGCUACCCAAAACACAGCUACGAUGUCAGUCCAGGGGAGCGCUUGCAGCUAGAAGAUAUGUGCUCCAAAAUACACCCUUCCUACUGUGGUCCUGUGAUUAUCAGAUUUCGUCAGCUUGUUGCUGAAUAUGAGCCAGAAGCCCCAGAAGUAUCUCGGCUCUUCCGUUCUGUUCUUCAGGACGCCAUGGAGAAGAGCAAAGAGGAGGAAGAGGCAAAGAAGCUGGCAAGGCAGUGGAACACAAAGCACAAAACAAGCAUCUCCCUUUCAACUUUCAAGUCCCGAACCAGGAUUUCACCCUUCAGCAGUGAUAUCAAGACUAUUUCAGAAGAUGUUGAGAGAGGCACUGAUCCAGCCAGGAGAGUAUGGAGCAUGCCUGAAUUCAGGAGUACCAAGGACUAUUGACUUUAUUUAUAACAACCAGAUUUUAGAAACAGACCAUUUCAUGCAUUAAUUAAUUUACUUAUUUAUUCACCCUUUUAAAUGUUUUUUCCUCCAUCCUUUUUUGGGUGUUCUUUCUUGCCUCUCUUUUGUUUUGAAUCCACAUGAACACAUUUUUGACAUCUUUUCUGUACAUUUCAGUGCUUGUUUGUGUUUUUCCUUCUGUGUGUGUACAUAGCAAACUUUUCAUACAAGAUCGACCUCUAGUACCACAGGUGGCCACCUGUGUGGUAUGCUGUGUGAAAAACUAUGUAAAGGUUAGUCUGUCCUCUAUAGAUUGAAAGAGAAGCCCAGAAAGUAAUUGUAUCAAUCAGCUCUGUGUUUCUGUUCCAACCAACUUCCAGGUGUUUCUUCUACCGUAACUACAAUGAAUGCAUGUGCUCCAUGGAACAGGUUGGCAAAAAUACACUGUGAGCAGCCCCAAUGCUUUACAGCCUGAAAUGGCCCCAAAUGGUCAUGGAAGUCAAUUUUGAUCCAUUCCCCCAAAAUCAUUUUUUUUUCAAACAAGAACUGACCCAAUAGCUGACUUCUGGGUCACUUUGUGUUGGAAUAGAGGCAUCUCCUGGGCCAAAAAUCUGGUGAAAUCUCUACACCUCCCCUCAAGGGUUCUUGAAACAUUGCCCUAAAUUUUUGGUACCCAAAUAUUUCAAUUUCUUUUUAAAAUUGAGUGUGUGGUUGGUGUGUCUGGCCCUCUCAGGUGUUGGGGAGUAAGUCAGAUGUGAAACCCUAACAAUGUUUUAAAUCAACCACCCUAUUCAGCUC